CUACUCUUUGUGGUGUCGCCAUUUGAUUGAGGCGCGAGCGAGCGGACGACAGAAACGGAAACGCCUCCACCUCCCACAACUGCCCUCGUCUUCCCACACACACCUUUCCACCACCUCUUCGCGAGCCUGUGCGAUGGUGCGGGCGUUCAAGUCGGCAAUGGCGAUGCUGCUGGCGGUGGGCUUGGUGUGCCUGCUGCUGGGAUCCCCCGUGGCACAUGCACAACAGACGCUGGCGCGCCGAGUCUCAACCACAAUUGUUGGCUUUGGGUCCCUCACCAUCUCCCAGUCAUCGUCAUCCGACCCAGCUACAGUCACGGUCAACAUCACCAACAGCGCCGUGGACAACUUUGGCAUCUAUCAAUUCCAGAGCGCAAGCUGCGCCAACAUCGGCAGCAUCUUCAACCCAACUGCAAUCUCAGGGUGCACGGCAAGCUCGUGCCCCGUGGGGCAGUUGUCGGACCGGUAUGCGGAGUUCAACACCUCCAUCACCGUCGUUGACCAGGACUUGACCUUGUUCGGCACUCACACCGUCAACGGCCGUAGCUUUGUGGUUCGCAACGGCACGACGGUGCUUGGCUGCGCCAACAUUGGGCCACAGCCGCAGUGCUCUCCAACAGAGUAUCGCGUUGCUGCGCAGACGGCGACAGCUGCCGUCUCAUGCGCCUCGUACACGUUCUGUAACCGCCUCGUCGAAUAUGAGACUGUUGCUGCGACGCCAACAACCGACCGCGCGUGCCAGAAGUUCCAGACGAGCGAUGCCGCUGCUGUCAUCAUUCAGGGCGUGUCCAAGACGGCAUUCUUCGAUGUGGAGCGCGAAGCACGUGCAUCCAUUGAAGAAGUCUUAGAAGCGAACACCAACCAGAACCUCUCUGUUGCCAUCCUCCGUCGCUUGUUUGCAAACGGCACGAGCACGAGCACGCCCAGCGCGGAUGUUGUGCUUGAGAUUUGGAUUGCUGCCGUUGACACGGACACUCGCACCCCACUCACGCGCGCGGCAGUCACAAGCGCGCUCACAGACCUCGAGGGACAAACAGCAGCGUCUUGCCAGACGACGGUGCAGGUUGCGUGCGCGUGCAACACCAGUGCGGUUGUGCCGAAUGCAACUGUUGGUGUUGACGGCUGUUUCUCCUUCAACAGCGGAUCGUACUGCGUUCCACAAGAUCAGCAAAACUGCCCCAACUCGUUUCCGGCCACAACCGUUGAUCUGAACACAUUCAAGAACACGGGCCUCCGCUUCCGCAACUGUCCGACGACACACACAGCGACCAACUGCCUGGAGCAGCUCAUGGCUGCUGCAGUGGUGGGCGUUGCUGCCCCAACAGAGGUGACGGUGGAUGACAUCAGCAUCCCAAACGUACGCACCCCGCCAGAGAUACCAGAGAACCUGACGCUGAGCCAGCAGGGUGUGAACGCCCUUCGUGACGGGGCGCGCUGGUGGCGCAACCUCAUCCAGCCAACCACGCUCCCGUACAACGACAUCAACUACCAGAUUCAGUACUACCGCAGCAACAGCGAGUUUGACAUGUCGCGUGCGCAGACGGACGGCAUCGCAUACGGCCUCCCCUUUGCCAUUAUGGCCGGUGUCAGCCUGGUCCUGUUUGUGUUUUUGCCAAUUGUGAUGGCCAUCAUGGCGUGCUGCCGCUGCUGCUCCUGCUGCCUGUGCCACGAGUGCUGCGGCGGAAAAUUGGACCAGCAGGACCCCUCGCGUUCUAAAUGCAUUCUGCUCACGGUCCUCACUGCCAGCCUGUGCGUGUGCCUCAUCACGUUUGCCGCCCUCGUGGUGGCCGCGGACGCGCAAAUGACCGCUGGCGUGGAUGACGUGGAGGCGGCGGCGGUGAGCGGACUCGACAACAUGAAUCUCUUCAAGGACAACACGCUGGACCAGGCUGAGGACGUGCCUGGCGUGCUGUUCCCCGUGGUGCUGGACGGCGUGUUUGGCCUUCUCGACACCCUCAACGCAGGUAUUGCGUUUGGUGUUGUGGAUGUCGUUGGCGAGGUGUCUGACACGCUGCUCACGCUGGUGCGGAGCCUUGCCGAUGAGGUGGACACAAACUACGAGCGCAUGCUUGACGUGCAAGCGCUGAGUCCCAACAUUAGCGCCAAGUUGAGCGAGCUCGAGACAGCCCUGCAGGACCUCGACACUGCACACGAGGCAACCCGCACAGCAUGCUACGCGAAAAUGGACGCUGGGGUUGACGUCAUUUGUGAUUCGUUCCUCCCGGGAAUCCCAACGGACGUUCCGUCCUUCACGCUGGAUGACGUGAUCACGCCCAUCAUCGAUGGUCUACAGAUGAUUCGUGACUCGGACCUGCGGGGCCUGGCCGACGAGGCCGAGGCAGUGCUCAACGACAUUCCAUAUGAGGUGCAGGACCAGAUUGACAUGGUGACCUCGCAGAUCACCACAGAGGCAGCCAACGUGCAGGCCGACCUCGACAGUGAGAUUGCGAACAUUCGCCAGCAGGCGGACGAUUUCACCAGCAAUGACUUCAACAUUGCGCAAAAGAAGGCGGACAUUGCAUCCACCUUCCAGAGCGCAGAGCCGUACGAGGAGUACAGGGCCAUGGCGUCCAAGGCCAUUGCUGGCGUCUUCAUUGGCCUUGGCGCUCUCAUCUUGAUUGCAACCGUCGCUGGCGCGUGCUCGUACGACAGUGACCUCGACCCGACACAGCGCUCGUCUUGCUCGGAUGCGUGCGGUCGCGUGAUUCUUGGAUCUGUCGGUCUGCUGGUCAUCUUCAGCACGAUCAUUCAUCUCAUCGUUGCCAUCCUCUUCAUCAUGGCUGCCGUCACGGGCAAGACCUGCGACAGCUUUGACAACGAUGAAGUCAUUCGCAUGGUUGCGGACCAGCCCGCGAAUUGGGACAACAAGUACCUCAUUCCAUCCAUGGUGAACCUGUUGCUGGAUGGCCUUGGUGCGCUGAAUGCGAGCUACGUGUUUGAUCCGUAUGUCUUCGCGUUUCAGUCCUACUCCGGCUCCGCAAAUGUCGCAGACCUCAUCACCAUGUCCCAGGACUUGGACGCGCGAGGUACCGCCAUUGAUGGCAUCAUCUCUGAGAUCAUCAGUCUGCAGCAGCAGCAAAUCUCUCUCCUCUCCGUUGUCGUUGUCAGCGCACAGAAUCUCACCACCCGCGUCCAGGACUUUGCAAGGGAUGUCGCUGCUUUUGAAGACUUCUUCCGAGAGGUUGCAGAACAAGCAUUCGACGUUGACUCGAUUGCAAACGACGUGCUAGCGCUCGCUGAGAGAUUUGCCACCAUCGCCUCCAACAUCAUCCGCGACGAUAUUGCCCCGUGUGGCCUGAUGACCACGACGUACGACGAUAUGAUGAGCGCAUCGUGUGAUGAAACGCAGAAGGGCCUGGACGCAUGGUGGUUUAGCAUGGCGCUUGUCAGCUUCAUGUCCCUGCUCCUCACCAUCACCGGCAUUAAGCGCCAUCACGUCCACCCGGCUGUUCCCCUCAAACACACGUGCGCUGUGUUUGCCUUCCUCUCACGACGGAUGUGUACGGCUUUGUACUGCCAGGGCCUUGGUAUGCUGGUUGCGCACAUGCUGCUGCUGCUGGAGGAGGAGGACGCCUUCUGGUUGCUGCAGGCCAUCCUCUCCGAUCUUGUGCCCGGCGAUUUCUACGGCGGCAACUUGCUGGGCGCCGUCACAGACCAGCGCGUGCUCAGGGAGCUGAUUCGGCGCCAUGUCCCGGACGUGUCCACGGCGAUUGAAACAUCGCAAGUGGAGCUCUCCCUCAUCACCCUCAACUGGUGA